GGGCCUACAAAUGUUGCAGGGUGACACUGCAGCUUUUAGCCCUUUGCCACAAACCCUAACUGGUCCACAAUGCUCCUUCUCUCCCACAUUAAAUUCACCACUCUUCACUUCACCAUUAUUCCAUCCAUUUUUCUCUUUUCCUUCUUCACACCAUUCAUAUAAAAACCUACCUAGGGCUUAAACAAUACCUUAACCUUCUUCAACAUGGGACAUCACUCUUGCUGCAACAAACAGAAAGUUAAAAGAGGCUUAUGGUCACCUGAAGAAGAUGAAAAACUCAUCAACUACAUCACUACUUAUGGACAUGGAUGUUGGAGCUCUGUGCCUAAACUUGCAGGUUUGCAAAGAUGUGGAAAAAGUUGCAGGUUGAGAUGGAUUAAUUAUUUAAGACCUGAUUUGAAACGUGGAAGCUUUUCUCCUCAAGAAGCUGCUCUUAUUAUUGAACUUCACACCAUUCUUGGCAACAGAUGGGCACAGAUAGCAAAACAUUUACCAGGAAGAACUGAUAAUGAAGUGAAGAACUUUUGGAAUUCAAGCAUAAAGAAGAAACUACUUUCACAUGAUUUUGUUCCUUCUUUAACUACAUUUUCUGAUCAUAUUCACUGUCCUAGAAAUGAAACUUUCUUCCCUUUGUUAAAUGACAAUCCUAUCCUUAACAACUCUCAUCAUCAUCAUCAUCUAUACUUUCCCAUCAAUCUUCCAUCUCCAAUCCUACAAGAUCAAAAUGAUCCUAUCAACAACAUUUUGAAUGCCAAUUUUCAUACUCCAUCUUUGCCAGAAAUAGUACCUUCUUCCAAUUAUGACCAAUUUGAUACAUGCUCAUUCAUUCAUCAUCUCAAUCCAAAUAUUCAACAAAACUUUAAUAUUGUCGAGAAUUUCAUCAAUAAUAAUAAUCCAAACACAAUAUGGCAACAUCAUCAGCAGCAGCAACAACAACAAUACGACAGUAUUAGUCAUCAUUUGGCGGAACUUGAUAACUCUAUUGUGCCAAAAGUUUGUGAAAUUGAAACCAUUAAGGAUGAUUUUGUUUCUAGCCUCCCAUUUUCUUCUUCCGAUUCACAGCAUCAUCAUCAUGAUCUUAUCCAUCAAAUUGUGGCUGCAGAAGCCAAUAACAACGAUGUUCAAGCUGUGGAGUAUAAUAUCAUGGAUGCUCUCAUCAUGUCAUCAUCAUUACCAUCCUCAACAACAACGUCUUCAUCAUCACCACCACUAUCAUUCUAUCAAGCACCAGAAAAAAUUCUCACAAAACCUAUCCUUCCUUCAACUUGGGAGUCAUGAUCAUGAGCAUGGAUAUAUAUUUUCAUGUCUUGAAAUUUGGAAUAUUAAGAGGGGUAUAUUUGCAAACAUGAGAUUUGCUAGUUGAGGGUGCUUGUUUCAAGUUCCAUAAAUAUGUCUAGUUUGUUUCACAUGUUUGUAAACUAAAACUAUGUAUUUUUCUGAAUCAUUUACUAUAAAUUACUAGUAUUUGUUUUGUCA